AUGAUUAAUUGAAAAUUACUAUUUCUCAUUAUCUCAGCAGUCACUUCCAAAGAUUUUGGCACCUUCUAUUUGUCAGAAGAAGAGUGGAUUGACCUUGAUCUUCAUGAAUACUUCUCUUCUAAUGAGAUUGCCUUCUAUAUUUCCAAUACAAAUUCUUCUAGUAAUGAUAUUUCUUUGUACCAAAAUUCUAGCAUUCAAUUAAUUUCAUAUGUGCAGCAUGAAUUAAUCAAUGAAAUCGAUUAUUAUAAUAGCAGCUAUGAUGAAAAUUUUCCGAUAUUUGCAAUGAAUAAUAAUUUUUUUGUGGUGUGAUUUAAAGGAAAAGAAAUCGUUUUAUACAUGCUAUCUGAAAACAUUAGGAAAUUUGAAAAAAUGUGGAAUUUAAAUGUUGGAAGCAAAGAAUGCAGAGGAGAAAUUACACAAAUUAAAGAGAUCUCUAAUAAAAAUGCUGUCUAUUUAAUUAUUCUAGUAAGAUGCAAAAUAAAUAGUUCACUGGAUUUAUGAAAAAACGAAAUUUAUAUUCUCGAUUUAAAGAAUUUCUAUGAAACUCCAACCCCAAUUCAUUUUAAUUUAUGAGAUAUAAAAUACUUACACAACUUAAAAAUUUCAUCUCAAUCUCAUCGCAAUUUUAUAGCAAUUUAUGGAAAUUUUCAAAGCGGAAAGCAAAUAAUUUUUAUAUACGAAUUCCUAAUAAAUCAGCAAAUAUGCUUGAAAUUGAUUCAAUCAAUAGAUCAGCAUCCCCAGCACUAUAAAUUUCAAGAAAACGAGCUUAAUAUUGCUCAAAUACAAUUUUCGAAAAAUCAGAUGAUUUUACUUGAUGCCUUAAAAGGUGCUUUUUACUUUGAGUAUAAAGCAUUUCAUAAUAUAUUUGAAUGUAUGAAAUAUGCUGACCUAUCAAACUAUGGAAGACUUUAUAGCUUUUCUUGGCUAAUGAAUUAUCGCCUCGCUGUUGGGAGUGAUAAAGGAAUUGCAAUCUUAGAAUCAAAAACGCAAGUAUAUCGCUUAAUUUAUUGAAUAGAUAUUUUUGAUAUUACUGGAUAUACUUUACCAAUUCAAUCAUUAUAUUUUUGGGAAAAUUUAAUUAUAUUGAAGAUGAGUGACAUAAAUACUAACCUUUUGCUAAUUCUUGACAUAAAACAAAAUUUGAAAGCUCAAUUGAUAAGUACUAUUGAUUUAAGUCUUCUUAUUGGCAAUUCAUUUAAACCUUCAGGAAUGUGAAGUUGCAUCGAAAAUAUUUCUGGAAAUAAAUUUUAUUUACGAGAUGAUUAUGAUGGAAUUCGAUUAUAUGCUCUGGAACCAAAAGAUUGAAGCCUAAGAAUCUGAGGAAAUCAUUCAUUUUAUGCUGAAAUUGCUGCUAAAACAGGACAUAAAAAUAAAAAACAUACGAAAAAAUCUUUCAAUGUAAUUUCAAUUCCUCUUGAAUCAAAUGACAUUUACACAAUAGCAAAUAACCAAAAAAUAGAUCCAGAUACAAGCAUAAAUUCAAUUUUUAAUGGAGCUUAUCAUCUCGAACAAAUUCACCCAAAAUCAUUUUUUUCGGGUCCAAAUCUUACAUACUCAAUAGCAAGCAUAGAGCUCCCUAAUGAUUUUUCAGUUGAAAUUCUGCAAACCAAUAAAAUUAAAGAUGCUAGAUUCCUUGAUCUUGCAAAGCCCCCAAUUAUCAUAAAACACAAUUUUAAUGAAAUUGGUAUGCUAUCAGAAGAUGGUUUAUUAUUUUAUAAUGUUUUUAAAGGAGAAUACAAAUAUUUGAACGGUUCGCAAAAUAUUAUUGAUAUAAUGUGAGGGAGAGAUGAUUAUACGAUGAUGACAUUAGAAAAUGGCGAUAAAUCCCAAAGGCUCUCCAUUUAUGAAGCAUUACCAUUAUGAAAAAAACAAUUCAAAUUUAUUACUAGUAUAGAGUAUGAAGAAAAAUGUAGUUUUUUCAAACGUAUUCUUGACUCUUUAAGUGCUGUUAUUAUAGUCUGUGCUACCAAUCAAAGCAUUUCAAUUCAUCGUAUUUUUAGCACUAAUUAUAUAUGGGCACGACCAAAAAUUUAUUUAAGUGAAUAUGGGAUUAACUCAGUUGCUAGCUUAGAUGGAGCGAUAUUACAAUUUAGUCCUACUAUCAUUUUGUCUAUUAUUGACCAAUAUAAAGGGCUAUUGUCACUUGAAUGCGGAAUAGAACAAUUGCAAUGCAAAAUUCGUCAAAGUUCUUAUUCAAUUAGAAUAUCAAGUAUACAAAAGAUUGUAAUGUCUGGGGACUUUGUUUAUUUGAUUUGUUUAGAUGAGAAAAUCAGGGUUUUGAAUUCAGAUCUACAGUAUUUAAAAACUCUAAGCCCUCGUGUCAAAGGCAAAAUAAUGAGUUCUUAUACACUUUUAAAUUUUUUAGUGCUGCAAAUUGAUAAUCAUAUAGUAGUGCUAGAUGGAUCCCUUUCCUCACAUGAUUCUUUUGUUUAUCAUUUAGAAAUUGAUGCACAAUGCGAAACUAUUCAGAGCGAUAUUUUUGAACAUUUUGAUUGCCCCUUUAUUUUUAUUGCUAUUAUUUGUCAAAAGUCUAGAAUAAGUAUAUAUGAAUUUCAAUGUGAUUUUUAUUCAACUAAUUAUAAGGUCUAUCAAUUUGCUUAUAACAUAAACAUAUAUUUAAAAGAUGAUACAAUAGUUAAAGAUAAUGAAUUUUCAGGGAAAAUUAGUUUGGCGGCUCAAAAUUUAUAUGAUAGAUCAGUGAUCGAUAUCAAUUAUAAAAUUAGUUUGGUUGAUAAUAAUAUAUUAGUUAACUAUGAAAACGUUCCGAAAGAAAUUGAGAUAAAACACAGUCAAGUCAAAUUUAUCAGUCUAAAAGACGUAUUUAUAGGAGAUGAUAUUAGAGCUUCUGUAAAAUUAAACAAUAUAGCUGAUGAGCAAGAAUGGCCUGGCAUGCUGCCAAUUAAACUCCAGCAAAUAUACACAGAAUCUUCUGUUUUUACUUAUAAUAGCACGAAAUUCUACGACCACACUCCUAUUGAAGAAAUAAACAAAUAUAUAGUCCGAUCCCUAUUUUGGAUCUAUUUCUAAUGAUUUCUUCCGGUGUCAUAUGCGGAUUUUGAUUUACGACAAAGUUUGUGUUCGCCAAUUCUCCAUAUGGCAUCAAGAGAAGUUAUGAGAGCUAGAUCCAAAAUAGGGAUCGGACUAUAUUCUUGCAACCAAUGAAAAUUUGAUGAUUUUAGAUAUAAAAGAUAACUAUAAAAUCGAAGCAAUAAUACCACUAAAAGCCAUACUUAACUAUGAAUUAAAUGGAUGCACCUCAUUGACAGCUGUAGGUACAAAAAAUUAUUCAGUCUUGGUUACAGCAAUAUGUACAUAUUUUAUUCCUAUGGAAAAUUAUUGAAACGAACGAAAAAGGAGGUUAGACUUGAUAAUAUCCAAAGCACUAGUUAUAUUUGAAUAUAAUUCUCAAACAAAAACUAUAUUAAAAAGAGCUUUUAUUGGCAUUGGAGAUGCUAAUUACAUGAUAAGAGCUUCAAAAACAAGCGACUUUAGGUAUGAUUUAUUUUUAAUGAAAAAAACUUCAGAAUUUUCUUUGGCUCGUAAUAGUAUCUUUUGAUAUAAAGGGACCUGAAAUAAUGAAAAGCUAACCAUAGAUUUUGACAAAGAAAUUAAUUAUUCCCUUCUUGGGAUAGCUGAGUUCUUUGCAAAAUCAAUUGAUAUUGUCUUUUUUAAAACAAGCAUAAUUGUAUUGUAUAUAGUUGAUGCUGAAUUUGGCUUAAGAGUCCUAUUAAUAGAUGAAAAUAGCCAAAUUAAUCUGGUAGAAAGCAUUCCUCACCCUCACUUAAACUCUUUUUCCUCAAUUUGCCAUAGCCAAGAUAAACUCUUCGUUGAUACUUUUAAGGGACAUUUAUUCAGAUAUACAAUAUUAGCUAAUUCAAGCUUAAUAUUUGAUAAAGCUGCCUAUUCUUAUCAAAAUUCUUACUAUAAGGAAGAUAUAGCCAAUUCAAUUGCAUGUAUGAAAGAGAGCAUUAAAUAUGUGUUUAGCGUACAUAUGAGAAAUCCUAGCACUUUUCUGAGGAUUUGAAAUGACAUGAAAUGAACUGACAUAAAAAUUAAUAUAUUAUUUUCUGAAGCUCAUUUAUUUAGGAUUAUGACAAUAGGUGAUAGCAAAAUUUCACUUAUCGAAGAUAAUUUUUUUACUUUGAAAAUUCGGACUCUAAUUGACCCAUAUAUUGAAAUUAGUGCACUCUCGAAAGAAAAUUAUUCGAAAUUUAAUAAAAUUUGAGGAAAAAAUGGAAUUAAGCUUGAAAUAAAUGCUUAUAACAGUUUUAAAAAAACCAACUCUGCUAUAAUUUAUAUUAAAUCUACAGAUCAAAAUAUUUCACAUCAUUAUUGAAACAUAUGACCGAUUUUUUGAUUUGCAACAGUGGCUAGGUUAGACUAUUAAAGCAGACGCUAGCCAUAUUGAUGCGCAGUUACCAAAGACCUUCUGUACGGGAGGUUCUAUUGCUUUUUGACUCCAGUCCAAAGAGUCUUUGCCCUAAGGUGGAUGCCAUUUCCAGUACAUACUUUCUCCUCCUUGCGGCUUAGUCUUGAGUGCUUAUAAAUUUCUGCGUCCCUGCUACGGGCGAUUGGAGUAGCUUGAUUUCAUGGAUCAGCUCCUUGGAGUCUGUCGGGUGCCGAUGUGCCUUUCAACUCCCUUGUGGAUCAAAGGAUGUUGCUGGGCACCUCCAUUUACAACCACAGGAAGGCAGCAUAAACCUACCCGGAUACAGAUCUCUUGAGCUUGCACUUGAUUUUUGGCUUGGAGUCUGUCCCAGUUCGCUACAGCCAUAAGGUCCGGACUGUUAUACCAAGAGAGCAAACUGACACGUGUCACCAUUUUAAUGUAUAUUUGAUUUGCAACAGUGAUUUUUAUUUUAAUUUUAUUUAUUCUCAUUAUUUUAUAUUAUAAGAAAAAGAAAAAUAAUAUAAGAAAAGAGUUUAAUGAAGAAGGCUUGAUUUUAGAAGAAAUUAAACAUAGGAAUUAA